AACACAGUUGGCACCCGAAAAGCAGCUUCGCCGUCGUUGUGUGCAUGCUGUUUGUCCUGCGACGAGCUCCACGCUGAGCUGAGCCGAGUCGAGCUGAGCCACGCAGCUGUCCGCCGAGAUUAAGUAAACACCAAAAGCGAUGAGAAAGAAGCAGACUGCCAAACAGAGGAAGACUGAGGAGACUACAGUUGUCCAGGAGUUUGUGGUUGACAAGAUAAUUCGUCGCAGAAUAUUUAAUGGUAGAGUGGAGUACUACCUGAAGUGGAAAGGCUUCACCGACAGUGCUGAGAACACAUGGGAACCUGAGGACAAUCUGGACUGCCCUGAACUCAUUGAGGAUUUCUUAAGAAACAGCAAUUUCUCUGAGGAGAAUGAGGAAGAGCAAAGUGAACAGGAGUUUGUUCCCAAAGAAGAAAUGACGGAGGAAGAGACGGAAAUUUCCUGUCUGCAGUCCCAACAGCGGUCUCACACCCUACAGAGCAACAGCGAUGUCCUCGAGCCAAGCGACGAGCAGUCAAACACCCCCACUGACCUCAGCACAUACCUCGAGCCUGAAUGCAUCAUCGGCUCCACAGACAGACAGGGAGAGCUCAUGUUCCUUGUGAAAUGGAAGAACUCUGAUGAUGUAGCCCUGCUGCCAGCCCGUGAAGCCAGCGCCAGGUGUCCCCAGGUGGUCAUCGACUUCUAUGAGCGCAAGCUGACAUGGCACUGUGGAGAUGAGGAGCCAUGAAGUAGGCAGAGAAACAGCUGUGCUCUCACCUGAAGCUUAGUUUAACCUCCAUCAAGCAUCCUCCUCUUGCUGACAUUAGAUGCAAACGUUGUGGAGUUUUAGAUCCUGGCAGGUGCGAGAUCCUCAGCGGGGAUGGAUUUUAAGUGCUCUGACUCCUGCAGGGCUUAGAAAAAGUCUGUGUGCCUUUGUGCAGUCUGCGAUGGAGACUAAAUCUAACCUUGUGCGUAGAGCAGCUGAUUUUCUGGGUCAGACUAACCUGUAGCAGCUUUGGUUCUGUGUGAGCAGACACAAUCACUGUGGAUGUGUUCUUAUCUUUUACUGUUGUAUAGUAAUAUAGUCCUGAGUGGGUGCUUUAUAUUUUGACUAGCAGCACUGUGUAGAGAAAGUGAACUAACUACUGUCCAAACCGUACCUCCAGUCCAUGUAGCGCUGAAGAUUGUAGACUUGUUGUAUCAACAUGUGUUGUUUGAGGUGCUUUUGGUGUGUUACAUUUGCUCAACCCUUGUCAUUGAUGUUACAUAUCUAAAAAAUGUUGCCCACUUGAAAUUUCCUUCUUAUUCCAAUUAGCCGCUACAGACCAAAUGUUCCCUUCUCCUCUGUAUUGAGUUAAGGUUCUCAGAAAUGUUGACACUCCUUGAUAUCAUGUGCUUUAAAGCAGCAGUAUUUUACUUUAAAGCUCUGGUGUGCAGUUUUAAAUUAGUUGUGAAACAGGCCAAACUAGUGAUGCUUUUUAUGACCUACAAAAAACAAAACAUCAGGAUAAAGGGUAAUAAUUUCUAAAUUGUUGAUUUUUAAUGCCUGAAACCAUUGGCAGGGGGUGGGCUUCAGAUGAAGCAAUACCAGCACGGUAAAGUGGCAACCUUUUUUAACAUUUCCAGGGCAAAAUUCAGAGUAUAAAAGGUGUGACUGUAGAAGAUCAGCAGAGUGUUAAUGCGUGAUCAUUCAGUCACAUGAGGUCCUAAAACUCAGCAAAACAUUUGAGUUUCUCUUUAGCUUUAAUGACCGAUAGUAUGAAAAAGUACAGAAACUUUGAAAACCCUUUUGUUUCAGUUCAGAAGCUUUGCCAAUUUAGACAGUGUGCAGAUGUUUGCCUACAAUAUUUGGUAAUAAAACAGAAGAAAGACCAAGCAUUGGCUGCCUAGGCCUUAUAUUUUUGUUUUUGGUGCCAUGGCAGCCCCAUAUUGAAGUAUACUGCAAAGACUCUAAAACAUUUGACAUUUUCUAACUAAAAUCCAAGCAGAAUUAUGUAAAAAACCUAGACUAUUUCUAAAACUAAUGUAUUUAGAUACAUACAUUGAACUGUGCACCUUUGAUGGCUAAAAGAUUGUUAAAUGUAGCACUUUAGAUAUGAGUCUCCUAUUUUUCAGGGCCUGUUUCUUCCAGUAGUUGUACAGGUUUGUGUAUAUGAUCCAUGUAUUCUGAUGGCACUGUCCUGACUCGACAUAUCUCCCAUGACUGUUCUGGGACUGAACCUUAAACCUCCUGAAACACAUCUGCUACUGACUUACUGUAACUGUUGACCAUGGAUCUGUGAAGUCUGUGA